UACAAUUGGUGACCAAAUUGAACAGUGAAUUCAAAGGUUAAGUGAUCGAUUUUUUCUAGAACGAUGAGGGCUAUAUUCUUGAUAGCUCUGGCCCUGGUGGCCGUUGUGGCUGCUGGAAAAAUUCCCAAAGCGAAACGGGAGAUGACAGCCAGUCAAAAAAAGUUGAUGCAAGCUUUCGUCGGAUUACCGGAAAUACGUGAGGCUGAGAAGCCCAGUGAACAUGUGGUUGUUGAGAACUACUUCACAACCCAGGUCGACCACUUUGAUCUGCAGAGUACCGAUGAGUGGGCCAUGCGGUACUUCACCAUUCCCGAUUUCUACGUACCGGGAGGUCCAGUGUUGAUCUACAUCAGUGGCUUUGGGCCGCUGUUUCCACAGUUACUUGAAGAAGGUUCGUUGAUCUAUGAUAUGGCCAAAGAUUUGGGCGGAGCUGUAUUCGGUUUUGAAACUCGAUUCUAUGGACAGAAUCACGUCGGAUUCACAGAGGCGAGCACGGAAAAUCUGCGACUGCUCAAUACCGAUCAGGUGUUGGCCGAUCUUGCCGAAUUCGUUCAGUACAUCAAACGAAACGUUGUUCGCAAUGACAAUGCACGAGUUCUGGUUGCUGGUUCGAACUACGGUGGAGCUCUGGCCAGCUGGUUCCGAGUUCGUUACCCACAUUUGGCCCAGGGUGCUUGGGCUUCCAGUGGUUUCACGCGAGCUAUCAUGGAGUUCGAAGAGUUCGCCGAAGCCUGGGGAGAGUCGUUGAUCAACUUGGGUAGCCAGCAAUGCUACAACGAUAUCUUUGUUGCCUUCCACGUGUUGGAGAAUCUGAUUGAUGCUGGACGUACUGAUAUUUUGAAUGACCGAUUCAACCUUUGCGAUCCGAUCGACGGUGAAGACAAAAUGCAGGUCGAGUUCUUCUUCAGCGAACUGAUGCACUCUCUCGAGUUCUUUACUCUCCUGGAAAAUAAUGUGACUGCAUUCGAACGAGUUUGCAACGACAUAACUGGAUCCGAUGCUACGACCUCAUUGGACGCCUUAGCUAACUGGUUCAAUGAAAACUUCGCCGAACCAUCAGGUUGCGCCAUCAGUCGAUUGGAAGAUCUCGCCGAGUGGUUCCGUGAUGAUGGUUGGAACGAUUUCCUCGUUAGGACGGGUUUGCGUCAAAGUCUGUAUCUGGAGUGCACCGAAUUCGGAUGGUUCCGUACGGCCUCAUCGGACAAUCAACCCUUCGGCAGUCGCAUCGAUUUGGACAUUUAUGCUGAAAUGUGUCGGCAGGUCUUCGGCGAUUGGUUCUCGGUAGACUCGAUGCGAAGUGCAGUUGUUCGGACCAACAACCGUUAUGGAGGAGAUUCUCCGGCCGUGCGCAAUGUUCAUUACUCGAACGGUGCUGAAGACCCUUGGCGAACGGUUUCGAUUACACGGCCCGUUGGACCAGACACCUCGGCCCAGUUGAUCCCGCGAGAGCUGCUGAGUGCGGAUCUGUGGUCUAUUUCCGAGUUCGAUUCCGAGGCACUUCAGGCGGCGAAACUUAAAAUUAAGGCUGAAGUAGCGUCCUUCUUGUACCCGGCUACUCCUUAUGAGGGCGUUCAGGAAGCUUAGAGCUUUUGUAUUAUGACAAUUACAAGGAAAUAAAUAUUAAUUUUAACAA